GAAAAAUUUCAUAAAAUCAUAUCGUCAUGAUCAUUGAAGAUCUGGUUACACCGUGGCUGGCGGAGGACUAACAAUAGCCACAAUGUGGCUUAAGCUUAGAAACCAGGUACUGAGGUACUUUCAUUUUUUCGGAGCUUAGAGCUUCAAUAGACCCCUUCAAAAAUUGUGACGGACAUAUCAACCUUAAAACCCCAACUUUAGUUAAAAUUCCUGGGGUGGUAAUUUAAAUGACGGGGCUUUAAUGAGGGCAUGAGGUAGAUAUAUGCCUAAUCCGCACAAUCGCCGUCCCUAUGAGGUUCGCGGAUAUCCUCAUCGACUUGGCCGCUGUCGUUAAAGCAUCCCGGUCCGUCGCAUCGAGGCAUAUAGAGCUUCGAGCUCGACAGAUCGACCGCUAUAGCCGGACAUCAAGUAUUGUGCGGUCAUUGAGGGAAAAUCAACAAAAUGAUUACCCGAAGCGUCCGGAAGCAACUCAUGCUACCAAUUCAUCAACUGAUGGCGAAGAGAAAUUGCAUGAGAAUACUUCUCACGCUGACGUGGUGACGCCGGUAUCCGAGAGCAUAAAAUCCGAUGCGAACAACUCCCCUACAAAAAAUCUGCAAAAUGGUGCUGCAAAGUCACCUGUAGACCAGCCAGAUGUCUACCGGAACCUCUUCCAACGCACUUCUCCGAGGGAAACAGAAACUUCACAGAGCCCCUCUAUGCCACAUGUGCAAUCGAAUCAGAACGCUAUUCUGGCGCAACUGAGAAAAAACGCCAAUGACGCUAAAGUGCGCCACAAUACCGAAUCAGCUGCGUUUUCCGAAAUUGAUUUGUCAAAAUCGAGUGCAUCCCCAAGUGCUACUAUUCAAGCAGACACUCCUCCAGAUGUGAAUGUCAACGUAUUUCAUACCAGUCGGGGCUCGCAGAUACUAGAAGGACAAAAAGAUACCAUACGGGCGAAUCGACCUAAGGUUCCGGCUCCAUCUCCUGGAUGGUUCAAAGAUUUCGGCCAUGGAAGUGCAAACCCCCACCUUGACGAAACCAAGGCGCCGCCUCCUAUUGCUGAGAGCGCGGCGACGCAGGGAGCUCCAACCGCGAAUGAAAACGUGACACAUGCUGCCAUAGAUAAGGACGAGUCACAUACUAAAGGAGAGCCUCUCAGCCAGAAAGCUGACCAAGAAAUACACGCACAGACAGUCGAUGAAAUUUCAUCCAAAGUAGAAGCAGAGACAACUAUAGCACCAAGCUUAGCUACUAAAACAGAAGAGAUGUUUAGCAGCGAAACAUCUAAAUCAACUUACGCCUUAAAGGAGUCCAGGGUCCCGUCCACUCGUCUGGGCCGGCUAUGGAACUACGGGGGACUGGCUGCCGGAAUGCUCGGCGGAGCUAUCAGUGAAGGGUUCAGCAGAGGGUUAGGGGGUGGUAGUGAAGGCUCGGUAUUGUUCAGCCCUGGAAAUAUGGAACGAUUAGUCGCUAAGCUCUCGCGAAUGAGAGGCGCGGCCCUUAAGAUAGGUCAGGUGAUGAGUUUUCAGGACUCUAAGAUGCUCCCUGCACCGAUCCGGGAGGUUCUCCAGCGAGUACAGGAUCGCGCAGACUACAUGCCUGCAUGGCAGCGCGACAAUAUGCUCUCAACGAGUCUUGGACCCGAAUGGCGAGACUUGUUUGACGAGUUUGAAGAUAAACCGAUAGCGGCGGCGUCGAUUGGUCAAGUCCAUCGCGCGACACUCAAAUCUACGGGCGAGAAAGUCGCAGUCAAAAUCCAGUUCCCCGGUGUUGCCGAUUCGAUUAAUUCGGACUUGGAUAAUCUGUCUAUGCUAUUGACUGCAUCCAAGCUGCUACCGAAGGGGCUAUAUCUCAACAAAACGAUCGACAACGCGCGAACGGAACUUAGUUGGGAGUGUGACUACGAGCGAGAAGCAAACUGUGGGAGACGUUACCGAGAUCUCUUAGCCGACGAACCGGACGUCUUCGUGGUACCCAAGAUCCACGCCGCCGCCUCUGGAAAACGCGUUCUAACGAUGGAGUUUAUGGAAGGGAUAGGCGUUACGCGCAGUAAAUCCUUCGCGCAAGAACAGAAGGACUGGAUUGGCACGCAGAUCUUGCGGCUCUGUCUGCGCGAGAUCACGGAGUUCCGCUUCAUGCAGACGGAUCCCAACUGGACCAACUUUCUCUACAAUGCCACUACUAACAAGAUCGAACUUCUCGACUUCGGCGCCUCACGAGAGUUCCUCGAGCGCUUCGUCGCGCAAUACGUUAACCUGCUAGCCGCGGCCUCGCGCUCCGACCGCAAGACCAUUAAGGAACUUUCCGAAAGACUGGGAUAUCUGACCGGCCACGAGAGCAAGACUAUGCUUGAUGCGCACAUCGCCUCAAUUCUAACACUCGCCGAACCUUUCUCUGAAUCUGCGCCAAAGGUGUACGAUUUCCAAGACCAGACAAUCACAGACCGCGUCAAGGCGCUGAUCCCCGUCAUGAUUAGGGAGCGGCUCAGCCCGCCGCCCGAGGAGACGUAUAGUUUGCAUCGGAAGCUUAGCGGCGCGUUCCUUCUUUGCGCCAGGUUGGGCAGCAGAGUGCCGUGCCGAGAGUUAUUCGAGCAGGCGUUGGGGAAGAUGGAUGUUGUACGAUAAACUAAUGUACAUAUACUAUAAUUGUCUGCCUCUGUAUAAAAGACCCGCGAGUUGCCAUGACAUAAAAGGGGAAACGGAGCAUUGAUAACGAGCAUGGACAGGAUAGCGGGAAAAUGGUAUCAUUGA